GCCGGCGCGGGCGGCAGGCGAAGCCGCCACUAACGGGUAGUAGGGAGCACCAGCAGGCCGAGGAUGCAGCGCUGGAAGGCAGCGGCCUUGGCCUCGGUGCUCUGCAGCUCUGUGCUCUCCAUCUGGAUGUGUCGGGACGGACUGCUCCUCAGCCAUCACCUCGGACCCGCGUUAGCCCCGCUGCGCCGGCCACCUCGCACCCUGGACGCCCGGAUCGCCCGCCUGGCCCAGUACCGUGCACUGCUGCAGGGCGCCCCGGACGCCGUGGAGCUGCGCGAACUGAAUCCCUGGGCCUGGCGGUCCCCAAGUCCGCGCCGUCGGGCAGGGCCCCGGCGGAGGCGCGCGCGUGCGCGGUCGGGGACACGGCCGUGCGGGCUGCGCGAGCUCGAGGUGCGCGUGAGCGAGUUGGGCCUGGGCUAUGCAUCGGAAGAGACGGUGCUGUUCCGCUACUGCGCAGGCGCUUGCGAGGCGGCUGCGCGCUUCUACGACCAGGGUCUGCGGCGCCUGCGCCAGCGGCGGCGCGUGCGGCGGGAGAAGGUACGCGCGCAACCCUGUUGCCGCCCGACGGCCUACGAGGACGAAGUGUCUUUCCUGGACACGCACAGCCGCUACCACACGGUGCACGAGCUGUCGGCGCGCGAGUGCGCCUGCGUGUGACCCUACCUCACCGCCCCGGCCAGACGGUGGCCACUUCCCCUGCCCCGACGGUACCCGCAGUCGCGCCUGUCAAACCCCGCGACAGACUGCCCAUGCGCAGAAGAUGCCGCCGCGGCCUCGGGACUCUUGCGAUGACUGUACAGAGAUAAAGUGUGGAAAAUCGA